AUGCACACAUACGUGCAUGCGCUCAUGCGCCGUCGCCUCUCGCCCGUGGUCGCUGCGCCGUUGGCGCCGUCCGGCUUCUGCGUCCGCAUCCUCGUCCCGGCCAGCCACUGCAUCACCGCGGCCCUGCCUCCGCCCCCGCUGCCGCGUCGGCCUGCAGUGGCCUCCCCCCCGCCUCCUGCCGCUGAUUCCCUUCCACGGCGGCUGCGACCGUUUGCUGCGGUGGCCGCCGGCGCCUCGCCGCUGCCUCGCCCAACUCCGGUGCCCCGCCGCGCCUCGGCGGCCGUCGCCCGCUCACCCGGGAGGCGCACGCCGCUCGCCCCUGACACCAUUGCCGGACCGCCCCGCCUCAUACCGGCGCUCCACCGCCACACCAGCGCCGCCCCGUCCUCACCUCCUCCCGACUGGCGCCCAGCGCUCGGCGCCCCCACCCCGUCGCCGCUCGACGCCGCCGCCUUCGGAUCGCCCGCUACCUCGUCGGCGUCGCCUCCCCGCCGGACUGCGUCGUCCUCGUCCCCUCCCCGCGCCGCUUCUCCGAGCCACGCCGCCCGUUCCCUUGCUGCGUGGGUGAGGAACCCUCUCGAACCGCCCCCCUUUCUCCGCCCGGUCACCGCGGCCGAGCCGCGCUCGCCCGUCCCUGGACCACGCGUGCGCCCGCACUCAGCCACGUCGGGCCUCACUCACGCGCGCGCGUGCCUUGGCCUGCUGCUUCCCAUAUCGCCCGCCUUCUGUUGCCGUCGGUCGUCGUUGUAUCGGUCGACACCGACCACCCCCGGCUGUGCCACCACCACCAUGCGAUGCGCCGUCGCGUAG